GUACAGGUGAAGGUAGAGCAAGUAUCAAGGAAACAUGGCUGCUAUGCUGUUAAAGUAAGUAAAAACUAAGAAAAUUUUAUGCUUUUAAUAAGAUUUCUCCGUGUAUAUAAACAAAAUAAUACACAGUAAUAGCUUCUGUCUUUUUUUUUUUUAUCUAAAAACACAUGAACUAAUAGUCUACAAUCUAGACUCUACAUUACAUACUAUGAUGGGCACUACAAGGGGACAGAAAUUAGAUCAAUAAUAUCAUGUGUACUAAAUAGUAUUGUAUCUUUAUCCUGACAUGAUAUAACUAAAUUCGUUCAUUUAAUUAAUCUAUAAACCUUUGAAUGAUCCAAUGCAUUUCACAUUAUAUCAUUAAAAUUAUAUUAGACAAUCAGAUAGAUUGUACGGAUUUUGUGGCAUAUAAUUUUGGAACUACAUAUUUUUAAUAUCAUGCUUUCAAUCAGACUUUGAAUGACUGUAAAAUAAUCUUUAGAUAAUCUUAAAUAACCUUAGAAUGGUACUAAAAUAACCAUGAGCAAAAAAAUUUUUUUCAGGAGUUUGCACACUUUGGAAUCGUUGGACGAACCAACUGCAAAAUGGAGUGUUCCCUUAAGCGAUGGAAAUCACGUGAUAGAAUUCGAACAUGGUACAGCGACGGGUCGUCGAUUGGUGAAGGUUGAUGGCGAAAAGAUAAUUUACAGAGAUUGGAUGUUUCAUUUAGUUGGAGACGAAGUUUUCACUUUCAACGAUAAUAAAUUCGUAAUUAGAAUCGAUCCAAUCCGAGGUUUGAAAUAUUCUUACUCAUUAUGGGUGAAUGGGAAACCUUACAAAAGCUUUGUGCGAUCGCAGUCGAAAAUCUUGGAAACCUGGUUGGCUAAUGUUAGAAAUGAAGAAUAUAGAAUAGUUCUAGAUAAGCAAACUCAAAACGUUUGGGUGAAUGGCCAACAGAUCGAGACUGAGAAUGAAUUUACCGAUGACGGUGCAGAGAUCUUAUUCACGGUAGGAGAUCUCCCAGCGUCGAUUAGAACUUACAGUUCUGGUCAGAAAAAUAUUGGAAUAACAUACUCUUUAUGCAUCGACGAGAUAGAAAUUGGAAAGGAAACGCUGCUCGAAGAAGAUGCAGACAUGUAGCACAAUAUAUGAUGCAUUAUUUCUACACUAUGUUUUUGUUGUUUCACGUACCACAGAAGUUUGUUACACUUUGUACAUACGAAUCACCGUGCAUUAAAAUCACCCUAUUCAAAUUUUACAAUUAAACGUUUGAACAUAGCAAAAGAAAAAAGAAUCUUCUUCUUAAGUUCGAUUCAGGCCACGAAAGAAAGAGAAAAAUUCUAACCUCAGAUCCUCAUCCCACGUUCUUGUUAUUUAUUUAAUAAAUGAAUUGUUGAUCACAAUGUCGAUGCGGGAGAGUAUAUUCAGUAUCGGAUCCCGAAUGAUCCAGAGACACGACGAUGACAUAAGUUUCGAUGGUGCGUGUCAGCCAACGUUCUCCACUUUUAAUCUGAACGUUUACAACUCUCUUAACCUUCGAUUAUAGUUAUGAAUCUUGAUGACUUGCACCAAAUGCACAGUGACCUUUUGCAAGAAAUCUGGAUGUUGACCCUAGAAAACGACAUGUAUGAGCGGUACUUGAGCCGACAAGAUCCUCACAGUCUCAAAAGUAAAGAGUAGUAUCUCUAUAAAUCUUUGUUAAUUUAAAUUAAAUUUCAAAUUGAAUUCAUAAAGAAAAUUUAUCAAUCGUCCAAAAUUCUUAUCAAGCCAUCAAGAACGUCCUGGACAGAGUAAAAAUCACAAAAAGAGUUACAGCACACUUAUUGCCAAGAUCAUCGCGUAUGAGCUUCCAAGAAAGCGUGAUAAAUUUCCAUGACCCUGGCAGACAUAGUGUUGUUAGUACGUCUAGCAUUGUCAGCGUGCCAUCCGUAAAUCGAUUAGGAGCAACAAGCAUCAUGACAGUGGGAACUACAGGCGAUAGCCCGAAGUCAGAAUAUCAAGUAAAUUCAUUCGAGACCGGUGAUCUAUAUGUCGAAUCAUGCUAUAGUUCUACCCAAGGAUUGAGUACUCAAUAUCCAGGUUACCUAAAAAAUUUCAGGACCAUCUGAAAAAUGUCAUUGGGAAAUUAAUUGUAAAGUAGAAGAUUUGCAAAGAUAUUUAUGUUAUCGGUAAAUCCUUAGAUUUCAAGUAAAAAAAUCACUGAAAAAUGAAUUGUGGAAUUUAUAAAGAUUUAGUUAUCAGCCAAUUCUCGGAUUGCAACUAAAAGGGUCAUUAAAAAAUUAAUUGUAGAAUGAAGUAUCCAAAGUAUAAACUAUCCAUCGGUUCUAAGAUCAAAUAAAAGAUGAAUAUUUCACUACUAGAAUUAACUAUAACUGCAGGAACCACUCGGCCGCUUUGAACAAUCUUAUCAAACUACUCCGGUCUCGAAUGCCUUAAACAUCAUAAAAAUUCUUUAUCGAACCACACUUUCAUCCUAUCAGAAUCACAAUA